CAGCUGUCUCCCAGGACUGUUCGCUAACAUUGAAAUAAGCAGACGCGCGAGCACUCGGGGCUGAGGUAACUUGCAGAGAUAUCGGAAAGGAGUCCUCGGUUAGUCCUCGGAGUCGGAACGACGAUCCAGCAGCCAAUCAGGCGCGUUUCUCAUUAUUGCCAGCGCUACCGCAAACGUUGCUCAACGUCAACUCAAGUACUGUGAUAUUGAACGAACACUGGACUCGGUGUACUACUGCCACCGCUUGCACGCCUUCUACUAGAGCCCCUGGGUUGUCCUCGCUCUGAGAUCCUUCCUGGCUCUCCGGCCCGCAAGCCAGACAACCGCUCCCAUCUGCACAUUACGAUCCCUUCACGAACACCGCCGGCAUCUCGAUCGCCCUCGCACAGUGAUACUCUUUCACUCGCCGGAGCACGCCCUAUAGCACAAUCCUCUCGAAUUCACGAAGCAUACGACAAUUCGCAAUUACAAGCUCCAUUCUCUGUACGCUAGCACAGUCGCAGUCUCCCAACUCCGCCAAGCUAAGUAGAGCGCACCAGAGCCACAACUCAAAUCCAGCGCCGACACGAUGCGCUCCUCGACCCUCGCCUUCCUCCUCCUCCCGCUCCUCGCCCUCUCCCUCGCCUACUAUGUCCAAUCCCACAACUCCCCACUCGGCCCCGCCCCGCAUCUCGGCGUGUCCCUCGGCGUGCCGCUGACACUUUCCGGGCUCGCGUCCCUCGCGCAGGCGGCGGCGGCCCGCGUGCGCUCGGCGGCAACGCUGGCAGCCGUACAUCCUGAUGUUAUUUACAACAACGCCCACCACUACCUCGUAAACGUGCCCGUGCCGAAGAUACAGUGGCCUGCCGUCGUACAACAGUGGAUACCCGACCUCGGACUCGGUUCCAGCGUUGUCAUACAGCAGAAGCCAACGACGAGCAGCGGCCUGCCAGCGCUCACACUCGGACCCUUCGAGCCGCUCGAGGUCGACCCGAACCGGGAGGAGUUCCGCCGGCGCAUUGUCGCGGUGGGCGACAUCCAUGGGGACGUGCUGAACGCGUACAAGAUCCUGCAGACAGCGGGCGUCGUUAACGAGGAGGGGAACUGGACGGGCGAGGUGGACAUGUUUGUGCAGACGGGCGAUAUCAUUGACCGGGGCGACGACACGAUCAUUCUGUUCAAGUGGUUCGAGGACCUGCGCGUAGAGGCCGAGGCUGUAGGGGGCAGGGUGAUCUCGCACAUGGGCAACCACGAGUGGAUGAAUGUUAUCGGCGACUGGCGAUACGUCCUCCCGACCGAAAUCCAGACCUUCGAGACCGUCCAAAAGCGCUUCGAAGCGCUCACCACCGGCUGGCUCGGCGAAGCCUGGGCGGCAAACUACACUGUCACGUCCCGCAUCCCACUACACCCCUCCCUUGGCCCGCCCAACACGGACUACCCCGCCCCGCCCGCCUCGCCCCACGCACACGCAAACAACGCCGGACCGCUCUCACACGCCGCCUUCAGCUUCGUACACGGCGGCCUCGCACCGCAGUACCCCGCGCUCGCACCCUUCCCGUCCGCGAUAAACGAGCUCGGCGCAUCGCUCCUUCGCAAGCUGCGGUUCCGCCGGCCGCUGCCGCGCCCGCACCCGCCGUACGGCUAUCCGGGCUUGCCGGCGGGCACGACACCCGAGGAGGCGCGGCUGUAUGGCGGGGACGGUCCGUUGUGGUACCGCGGGUGGGCGGAGCUGCCGGACGCGGUGGUGUGUAAGCAGGUGGACGGUGUGCUGGAGAAGACGGGGACGCGGAGGAUGGUGAUGGGGCAUACGCCUAAUUUUGAGGGGAUCCGGUCGCGGUGCGAUGGGAAGAUUAUUAUUAUUGAUACUGGUAUCUCACAUGCCUACGGCGGAGCCAUCUCGGCGCUGUCUGUCGAGUACAAGUUGGUUCCGUUGCAAAAAGGAGGAUGGAAAGAACAAGAGGUCGUCAAAGCGAUCUACGCUGAAAAGGAGGAGGAGGUACUCGUCAUGGCCUCGCGCGACGUCGAUGGUGACGAUUUCUGGUAAACUUGAGCUCGAGACAGUGUUUCGUCAUUAGGGAUUGAUAGGUCGUAGGCUUAGGAGCCCUGCAUGACACUGGCGGGCAUUAUUG